CUCGACAGCGCUUACUCUUCUGAGCUCUCACUGGGAAAGCUUUCUCCAAACCCUUCACAGUCGACGAAUCGCCAGCACUUCUUACUCUUCAAGAUGAUGAGACAACUGUUCGUCCUGGUCAUCGUGGCCGGAGCCGUGCUCGCCGACAACUACUGGUGCCCCAAGGCCGGCGAGGCUUUCGAGUGCUUCGAGUCGUCCCCCACAGAAAGGUUUUGUCUGACCAACGGACGCGAGACCGCUGUCAUCUGCUCCAAGUGCAAGAAGAAGUUCGACUUCUGCCGUAACGACUUCGUCAAAUCCAAGAGAGCCGACACUGACUGUGGAGCCGGUUGGGAAAGCACUCCCUGCACCCACGACAACUCACACGUGCCCGCUGUCUUCCCCGGGAAACUUUAAUAUGUGACUUAAGUCACCAGUACUUGACAAAAUGUUCUUUGUCAUCCACAGAAUAUGUGACUUAAGUCACCAGAACUUAUCCGGAGCAAUCUGGACUUUGGACCCCGUGACGGACUUACAGACUGCGGUGUAUAAACGUAUGAACAAGCAAUAAAUGAGUUGUGUCUGAUUC